AUGAACUUAAGUUCAGAUGAUGAAAAGCUCAACGACUCCAUUAUCAGUUUUGUAAUUAAUUUUUCGAAUUCUCUUGUAACUGCCCAGUUUAAAGAAUAUCGCUACACAAGUGAAACAAUCUUAAUAAAAAACGACAAAUGUGCUACAAUAUGCAACAUGCUGUGCAACGAAAUCAUAUACCAAUCUUUCCUAACGUCAGCAACUUGGCCACAACCAUCAAUACAGCUUGAUAUCUUCCAAAAGUAUUUUAUCAGUGGUGGUUGUAUGAAAUAUUCGAAAGUUAAACAAAGAUACAUAAACUAUUUUCAUUAUUACAACGACAUUUUAAUUAACAACACGACCGAAAUACCAUUAUCGAGUUUGACUCAAAUGCAAAAAUCUUUACUCGAAAUCAAGUUUGUAAUGAAACAAAAUUUUCCGUUUUUUCAAUCUGAGAAGCCGGCGUACACGAGCGAUAUGAUGAUCGGGGCAGUGGGGGGGAUGUUGUCCCUCUGGUUGGGAGUCACUGUUGCAAGUGGAGUGGAGGUCAUAGAGCUGGUCUACUUAAUGAUGAAACGUUCUUGGCAAAAGAAAUUUUCUGACAAUGAAAAAGCAGGUGAUAAUAAUAAGGAUGCAAAAGAUGUCAGUUGCGAUCCUAAUGACGAUAUUCAGAAAUUUUCUGAUAAUACAAUGACAACCAAGUUAUGA